AUGCCGGCUGGGAAAUUGGUGCCGGGAACAACGGAUAUCAUCACGAGGGCUGGCUCCUAUACGAUAGUCCCUGCGUCCACCGGCUCCGCCAAGGCGGUCAGCCACUGCGACAACCGCAACCAAAUCAACGCCAACGGAAGGUCUUCCUCUGCUGUUCCGGGACUCUCGAGAAAUCCUGCUAUGCGAGCUGCUGUCGACCAACCAAAUGGUCAAAAACUAAAUGGUUUACACGCAGCAGCAUGUGUCGUCAUAAUCCGAGAGGAGUGGCUGUGA